AUGGAGUUGUCGCCAUUUGUGCGGCACUGGCAACCGGCGAGCUACGAGCCUGUGGCGAGGCAGCGGUGGCGUAGGGCUGCGCCCCUCACCCCGCCUGCCACCACGCUGCGACUCUUCUUCACAGCUCACAAUAGGGAGUUUAAACUAGUGCUGCAGCCAGACCCGAGCUCCGUUUUCGCGGAGGGCGUGCAGUUCCACUCCUCGGCCGGGCCCAUAGACUACAACACCGCACAUGUCUAUUCCGGGAAAUUAGAAGAUGAUGAAUCUUCCCAUGUCUAUGGCGUCAUCACCGCUGACGGUCUAUUCGAUGGGACAAUUUGGACGACCAACGAAGAAUAUUAUAUAGAACCUCUUUCCCGAUACAAUAUCGACCAUCCAUCUAUGCACAGUGUUAUCUAUAGAAGGUCAGAUGUUGAACAUCCGAAUGAAGAAACUACACACUGUGCUUCCCAUUUGCUUCACAUCAAAGGCAAGCUCGGAUAUAAAGGGGAACUGUUUAACUUUACUGACCAAGUUACUGUUAAAGAAGUACCUUUUAAUAAUGACACAGAAGAUUUAAGUAGCGAAAUAAAUAGACGAAAGAAACGAUGGCUUCCCGAAGACGAAAUGCAAGACGACGAGCCAAAGAAGAAUCCGGAACUCCCUUUAGACUUAGAUGUCCCUUAUACCAGUAAUAGUGAUCCUUUCGAUAAGUUUAGUACGAGAAAGCCAAAAACCAAAAUUGAUAAAAGUAACCUCAUUACUAAAGUGCGACUCGAUUCCGAGGAAUCGAGACCGAAGCCAAAGACGCACGUAGAAGUGAUUAAAACCAAGGCAGGUGUUGUAACUGUUAGCAAAGAUAUAGUUAAGAAAGAGCCAGUAGGAUACACCAUACUAUCUGCGAAUGCAAGCGAUGACGGAAGACAUGUGAACAAGAGAGCAACGGUAGAUCCACGAAAGACUACAUGCCUAGUUUAUUUGCAGGCUGAUCAUAUGUUUUAUCAAAGAUACGGUUCUGAAGAAGCGUGCAUAGAAGUUAUGACACGACACGUGCAAAAAGUGAACGCUAUCUAUAAAGUAACAGAUUUUAAUCAAGACGGAAAGCCUGACAACAUAACAUUUAUGAUUAAAAGGAUUAAGGUCCACACGUUAGACGCGCUGAAAGAUCCGGCCUACAGAUUUCCCAACAACUACGGCGUAGAAAAAUAUUUAGAAUUAUUUUCAGAGGAAGACUACGACGCUUUUUGUCUCGCAUACAUGUUCACAUAUCGUGACUUUGAAAUGGGCACUCUGGGUCUUGCGUGGACCGGUGACUUAAAAAACGCUGGAGGCGUCUGUGAAAAGAACGGCCACUAUCGCGGCAGCAUGAAGUCUCUCAACACGGGUAUCGUGACGCUGCUGAACUACGGCAAGCACGUGCCGCCUGCCGUGUCUCACGUCACGCUCGCUCACGAGAUCGGACACAAUUUCGGAUCACCGCACGACCCGGAAAUGUGUACGCCUUUCGGUGAAGACGGUAAUUACAUAAUGUUCGCGCGGGCGACGAGUGGUGACCGGAAGAACAACAACAAAUUCUCACCCUGCUCUCUGCGGGCUAUCGACCCUGUCCUCAACAAUAAGGCACGAUCGCCGAAAGGAUGCUUCACUGAACCGCAGCCCGCGAUCUGCGGCAACGGCGUGGUGGAGGAGGGCGAGGAGUGCGACUGCGGCUGGGCGUCCGAGUGCACGGACGUGUGCUGCCGCCCGCAGGCCGUGCGCCCGCACUACAAGCCCUGCACGCUCACCGAGCACAGCGUGUGCAGCCCCAGCCAGGGUCCGUGCUGCACGGCGUCGUGCACGCUCAAGUUCGGCGACAAGUGCCGCUCGGACAACGGCUGCCGCGACGCGGCGCACUGCGACGGCAAGCGCGCCGCCUGCCCCGCCAGCCGCCACAAGCCCAACCGCACGCGCUGCGACAAGGAGCUCGUCUGCUUCAUGGGAGAGUGCACGGGCUCGAUCUGCCUGGCGUACGGGCUGGAGUCGUGCCAGUGCGCGGCGCGGGCGGACGACCCGCGCGCGGCGUGCGAGCUGUGCUGCCGGCGGCCGGGCGGCGCCUGCGUGUCGUCCUUCCGCUGGAACAGCGCGCCCUACGACGUGCCCGACAUGUACGCCAAGCCGGGCACGCCCUGCAACGACUACAACGGGUACUGCGACGUGUUCCAGCGCUGCCGCGAGGUGGACCCGGCGGGCCCGCUGGCCACGCUGCGCAAGCUGCUGCUGUCCGACGAGAGCCUCGCCGGCUUCCGGCGCUGGGUGCUGCGCCACUGGUACGCCGUGCUGCUCAUACUGCUGGCCGUCGUCGCGCUGCUGGUGGCUAGCACCCGUUUCUUCGGCCGUCACGCGAAGAAAAUCAAAUCAGUCACAAUCAUUCAUUCAUCCACUACUGAAACCGUCCGUCUGCCAGAUGCCGCCGAUCAAGGACUUAUCGUCCAUACCGCCGUUAGGUCUAAACUACCUCUAAAGAAGAAAGUCGCUCUAAGAACACGUGCCUAUCGAAAUAAGAAGGAUACCAAGUUAGGCGACAAGGCAUCUCCGUCGCAUAAUGUGAAGAAAAGGAAAUCAAUUAGUCAACCUAAGUUGGAGGAGCCGCAUAAAGUUGCAAAAGAGACUACUGCUGUUGUUACAAACCCUGAGGGGAAAUCUCCAAAACAUGUAAUUUUAUCUAAACAUAAGAAUAAAGUUAAGAAACGUAAAGCAAAAGUUAAGAAAGAAACUAUCGACUAUAGUUCCCUGCAAAAACAUUCUGGGUCUUCACCGACUAAAGAUACGGAAGCAUUAACUAAAGUGCAGAAAUGGCUCCUCAGUUCCCCACAGCCUUCAGCCAUACCUAAAUCGAAAUCUAUCCCUCUAGGUCUUACGGAGAGAGCACAUAGGCCAGUGCCAAAGGUUACCAGAAAAACUAGACCGUCCAAAAGUGCUUCUAAUCUGCUUUCUGGUGAAAAAACUAGAUUACAAGUUGUUUUUAAACCUCCAUUUAGAUUCAGUGUUAAAAUAUGUAAAAGUGACAAGACUAAAGUUGUACUCGACAAAUCUUCAAAGCCCGACGUAGACAGAAAACAUCACGAUGCCUUGCCUCAACCCGCUUGCCCAGCUGAAGUUGCGAAACCUAGUUUUAAGACACUCAAGCAUUCCCAUCCUGGGAUAAAUAAUGACAAUAAUAGUUUACCUAAAGCUGAAACGACGAACCAAGAAAGCGGUGCUCAUGGAUAUGAAAACCUUCUGCCACGGAGCGCUAGUGACUGUAAAUUAGGAAAGAAAAUACCAGAUUUAAAAAUUCGUACAGGUCAUAAAAAGAGUAACUCAGUGGGACAAAACCGUGAGACAACAGAAAGUCGGCAGAAUCUCAUAUCUAACGAAGAUUUCGAGAACGCUCACGUUUAUGAAAACGUCUUAGCGUCCCAAGAUAACUUCGUACCGAAAAGUUGCAGUAUGCCUCGGCGGCAAACCACCAGCGUCAUCUCGAGGCAAAGCAGCUACGGUCAUUUGCCUCGAGCACAAAUUCGACCACAGCGACACAGCACCAACAACGUAAGUCGAUCCAGAAAUAACAGCGCUAACGAAUCUGAGCAUUUUUAUAACAUAAUAGAGACGCUCAGAAGGGACAACUCGGGAAACGCCAACACGUGCCGAACCAACACCAGUAGCUCGUCAGGUAGCAGUCGCGAGAAUGUUACGAAAGUUUUAAGCAAAUCGUCGCGACAAAAUAGUCUAAUAGUCAAACCCUCACGUUCGAGCGUCACGGACGCGCCGUCGUCGUCAAAAUUGACGAGGCAGCUGAGCGAAGUCGAACUUCAGAAAUCGCAACCCGGCGACAAUAAUCUAAGGGGCUUCCAGUUGGUGGUGGGGAAGGAGAAACUGAAAAGGCAGCUGAGCGACAACGAGCUGUCUCGCUCGCGCCCGCGGCUGGCGAUGCCGCUGUCGGCGGGCGCGGAGCCGCGCCACGCCCCCUGCUGGGCGCCGCGCCCCGCCCGCCCGCGCGCCGCCUACACCUUCGGCGAGCUCAAGGACACCGUCCCCAGCUCCGCGGACGCGGCCGCCGUCGACGGCAUUCAAAUCUCACCGGAAGAAUUUCUGAAGAUAAUCGACAACUAGUCGGCUUUCGGGUGGGAGCUUAAGAGUUAGUCGUUUUCGUGAACGAGUUAUGAUUAUUCGAUGUGUAUAUUACGAGAUAUUCGCAGAUUUAUCUAUCGGCGGCUGAUGUAAAUAUUGUAUUGUGCUUGUAUUAUUAGAUAACACGCGCCACUGAAACAGGCCAUUGCUCAGUUCUCUCGAUAAUUAAUGGCAUGAAAAACACCAAUUUAUUUAGCACUCGACGUACGUAUUAUAACAUAAAUCUUCGUAUAUGACAUUACUGUGACAUCUUUUACUAUUAAGCGGGCUUAUUAUACCAGUGAGAUAGUAUAAGAAAGAAUCCCUUUAACUUUCACUCAAUCUCUGUUGUAAUCUAAAGCGGUAACCUUAUAAAAAUGUAUAAAAAGUAAUUCCUCGUAAUUUUAGUAAAUUAAUAUUGUUUAGCUAUUAAGCAUACUUUUGCUGGCAAUGGUUUAGUUUCACUGAACAAUCUCUAUAAAUGAAUCUCUAUUUUUUCUACAUACUAUGUACCUAUUGUACAAAAUUUACUCAUACUUAUGUAAAGUGUUCAUAUAUAUAUUUAUUUUAUUACGAUAAAUAUGUAUUAUUUUAUGCAAUAAGAAAGUCCGUUUUCAUUUAAAAGGCAUGCUUUUAUCAAUUAAAUUUCGUUUAAUAAUAACAACAGUUUGAUUAUUGAUGUAAUAUCUUUUAUGUUUCUAAUAGCUGUCAAUUAAUGUGUCAAUCUGUUAAAAAUAAUAAAUGUCUAUAAAAAGUA